ACACAAAGGAGGGUCGCUGAACCGACCCUGGCUUCACUCUGCCGCUAGAAGUCAACAAGUCAUACAACCCUCUCAUGUAAACGCGAGGAAAACAAUGGCGUUGGUCGCACUCCAUUCUCCCCAAAAAAGCGAUGCCCUGAGAAACUAAAUAAAGAAAAUAAAAAACAUGAAAACAAAAACAAAGCCAAAAACAGAUAGGUAAACCGGACAGCUUUGAUCGAGUCGUGUAGAUGACAGUUCACAGCCAUUCAGACCCGCUUCAACUUCUCUGUUGCUGUCAGUCAUUAUACCAAACACCUUUUGAGGAUAUGUUGUUGCCACUGCUAUGACAACCCUCAGGUGUCUCCCUUCCUUCUCUGCAAACCUUCUUCAUCGAUUCCAUCGAUUGACUCCCUUUCUUCUCAACCCUAGAUUCAUCUGACUGAGUUCCCGGUGACCGAAGAUGGACGGCGCCGAUGGAACCGUGAAGUUUGGGCCGCUUAACAUGAAGGCCGAUCCAUAUCUAGAUUGUGCACAGGAUGUGGCGGUUUCGUCGCCUGUGACGAGGCAGAAGGCCGCUGCUGCCAAGCAGUUUAUUGAGAAUCAUUACAAGAACUACCUUCAAGGCUUGCAAGAUCGCAAAGAGAGACGUAGAGCACUUCAGAGAAGAGCACAGGAAGCUCAGGUAUCAAAUGAGGAGCAAGAGCAGAUGCUAAGGAGUUUGGAACGCAAAGAAACUGAGUAUAUGAGACUUCAAAGACAUAAAAUUAGAAUUGAUGACUUUGAACAAUUGACUAUCAUUGGCAAAGGUGCAUUUGGCGAGGUUAGGUUAUGUCGUGCUAAAAGUACUGGAGAGAUUUUUGCCAUGAAGAAAUUGAAGAAAUCAGAGAUGCUUAGCCGUGGACAGGUUGAGCAUGUUCGGUCAGAAAGGAACUUGCUUGCUGAGGUUGAUAGUCGGUGCAUUGUAAAGCUCUUCUAUUCUUUCCAAGACUCUGAUUUCUUGUACCUUAUCAUGGAGUAUUUACCUGGUGGUGAUAUUAUGACUUUACUGAUGAGAGAAGAUGUUCUUUCUGAAGAUGUUGCACGUUUUUACAUAGCAGAGAGCAUUCUAGCUAUUCACUCAAUUCAUCAACACAGCUAUGUCCAUAGAGACAUAAAGCCAGAUAACUUGAUAUUGGACAAGAAUGGGCAUUUGAAGCUUUCAGAUUUUGGCUUGUGUAAGCCACUGGAUGACAAAUAUUCAACAAUAUUAUUGGAAAAUGAUGUUUUUAAUACCCAGGAAUCCACAAGUGAAACUGAGGGAUAUUCGGGAUAUGACAGAGCCCCUUGGUCAAUGCCAAAAGAACGAUUGCAACAAUGGAAACGUAACCGUCGUGCAUUGGCUUAUUCUACUGUUGGUACUCUUGAUUAUAUGGCGCCUGAAAUCUUGCUGAAGAAAGGAUAUGGUAUGGAGUGUGAUUGGUGGUCGUUGGGGGCAAUCAUGUAUGAAAUGCUCAUAGGCUACCCUCCUUUUUGUUCUGAUGAUCCAAGGAUCACAUGCCGCAAGAUUAUCAAUUGGAAAACAUGCUUGAAAUUGCCUGAGGAACCCAAAAUAUCUGAUGAAGCUAAGGAUCUGAUCUGUCAUUUGCUUUGUGAUGUUGAAACAAGGCUGGGGACUGGAGGAGUGGAAGAAAUAAAGGCACAUCCAUGGUUUAGAUGUAUUCAAUGGGACAAGCUAUAUGAAAUGGAAGCUGCUCAUAAACCUACUGUUACUGGAGAGCUAGACACCCAGAAUUUCGAGAAGUUUGAUGAAGUAGAAGGUCCACCAUCAACAAUACCGAGAGUGGGACCUUGGAGAAAGAUGUUGACAUCAAAAGAUGCCAAUUUCAUAGGAUAUACUUUCAAGAAAUCAGAUAUCAUGAAAUCAAUUGGAACUUCAGGUACAGACAUUAGAUCUAAUGGAUCUUCAAAGGCCCCCUCGCUGGUUUCAUUGUUUGGCCAGAUUGACCUCCAAGAAACUGCAACAGAGGAUGAGGAGAAGGAGGAUGCUUUAGUUUUUUAAUUCUGUUCCCUUCUAAAAGAAUUGGCAUGCCUUUUUUUGUUUUUUCCUUCUUCUUUUCCACACGUCCAAUUGUAAAAGCAGACUAGAGAAGACUCAACUUGGCGAAUUGUUGUACAAAGGCAUGAAUAAGAAAUAGGCUUAAAAGUUGAUAUGGUCUUGGGAAAUAUUCUUUUAUUCUUCUUCCAUAUAUGGUGAUAUAUGUGUCGAAACGCAAAUCCAAUGGCAUGUUAAGCUGAAUUUGAGAACCAUUUUUGGCCGAGGGUCUUUGUUUUUCCCUGAUAUAUAAGAACCAAAGUUCAUACCA